UAAUUAAUUUAUUCAAUGGAAGAGCGAUCGAGACACGUUCCUUGAGAUGAUGAUGAUGCUGCUGCUGAUGAUGAUGACACGAGCAUAUAUUCUUCAUCACUUUCACAGCAUAUCAUAUACGCUCACUAUGUUUGUGUAUGUUUCUCAUCAGAACUUGACAAAAAAAAAAAAAAAAGAAGCAACAAAUGUCGGAGAGUUUCAAAGUGUGCUUCUGUUGUAGCAGAAGCUUCAAGGCGAAAACGAGGCAGCCACCGGUGAGCAUCAAGAGACUCUUCGAAGCUUACUCAAGAAACGGCAAGAUGUCUUCCCAAGAGAUUCUAAGAUUCCUGAGUGAUGUCCAAGGAGAACGCCACGCUGGCUUGGACUACGUGCAGGGUAUCUUCCACAGCGUUAAACCUCACAACGUUUUUCAUCAUCACGGACUUUUUCAUCUCGACGCCUUCUAUCGCUACCUCUUCAGCGAUACCAACUCUCCUCUUCCCUUGCCUGGCCUCGUCCAUCAUGACAUGAAGGCCCCGCUAGCGCAUUACUUUGUGUACACGGGACACAACUCUUACUUGACCGGGAACCAAGUGAACAGCAGAAGCAGCGUAGAACCGAUCGUGCAUGCUCUCAGAAAAGGCGUAAAGGUGAUCGAGCUCGACUUAUGGCCUAAUCCUUCAGGGAACGCUGCUGAAGUUCGUCAUGGCGGGACACUUACAUCGCAUGAAGAUCUGCAGAAAUGUCUGAACGCCAUUAAGGAUAACGCGUUUCACGUGUCUGACUAUCCAGUCAUCAUCACUCUCGAAGAUCAUUUACCUCCCAAGCUUCAAGGGCAAGUUGCUAAGAUGUUAACCAAAACAUUCAGAGAGAUGCUGUUUCGUUGUGGAUCAGAGAAUCGUAAGCAUUUUCCAUCACCAGAAGAGCUUAAGAAGAAGAUUCUGAUCUCAACGAAGCCUCCAAAGGAGUAUCUUGAGAGCCAAACUGUACAGACCACAAGAACUCCAAUGGUUAAAGAGACUUCUUGGAGCAUACCAGCAAGUAGUAAUAACAUGGCAUGGAGAAGAGAAAACAAGAUUCUUGAAGAAGAAGAAUUGGAGAGUGAAGCUGUGGGAUAUAAAGAUUUGAUCGCAAUUCAGGCUGGAAACUGCAAAAACCCUUUGAAGGAUUGUUUGAGUGAUGAUCCAGAGAAGCCUCGAAGGAUUAGCAUGGACGAACAGUGGCUUGAGACUAUGGUUAAAACCAGAGGAACGGAUGUUGUAAGGUUUACACAGAGGAAUCUGGUGAGGAUAUAUCCAAAGGGUACAAGAGUGGACUCGUCAAACUAUGAUCCUCUAGUUGGGUGGACACACGGUGCCCAGUUGGUUGCAUUUAACAUGCAAGGACAUGGGAAGCAACUAUGGAUGAUGCAAGGAAUGUUCAGGGCGAAUGGUGGAUGUGGGUACGUUAAAAAGCCUGCCAUCUUGCUAAAAGAGAACACACUCUUCGACCCUAGCAAAAGGCUUCCCAUAAAGACCACUCUCAAGGUGAAGAUUUACACUGGCGAAGGAUGGGAUUUGGAUUUCCCUCAGACACACUUUGAUCAAUACUCUCCUCCAGAUUUCUUCGUAAAGACUGGAAUUGCAGGAGUAGCCAGAGACACGGUCUCUUACAGAACAGAAACGGCUGUCGAUCAGUGGUUUCCUACAUGGAGCAACGAUGAGUUCCUGUUUCAGGUCUCUGUUCCAGAAUUGGCGCUUCUGUGGUUCAAAGUGCAAGACUACGACAAUGACACACAGAAUGAUUUCGCGGGGCAGACGUGUCUUCCUCUGCCGGAAUUAAAGUCCGGAGUUAGAGCAGUCCGGCUUCACGAUGGAGCAGGCAAAGCUUACAAAAACACGAGGCUUCUCGUCAGCUUCGCCUUUGACCCUCCUUAUACGUUUCGUUGAAUUUUGAUAUCUUCAAACAAGCAAAGCAGUGUGUGUUUUAUAAGAUUAUAUAAAUUUAGAAUGUGAGUUUUUUUCUGGCAGGGGAUAAAAAAGUACGUAUAAUAACUCCAUAAAACUAUACAAGAUUCAAUUCGAUA